GUUUGCUUUUUGACUCAAAGUGGUCAGAAAUUCUUUGUCUUUAUUGAAUAAUUUGCUAUUUGAAUCCUCACGCUGGCUAUCAAGAGGAGGUUUAUAUAGUCUAUUAUGACUCUUAAAAGCCUAUUAAGGAAAAAUAGAUAAACAGAAACGAGAAAGGAUUCUAUGGCCAAACCGUGGUUAGUCAAUAAGCACUCGGGCUUUAUGGAAUCCGCGGGGGUGGGGAGCGUUUAGUUUGUUCUUUUGGUUCUAAAAGCGUCGCAUUACAUCAGCAUAUUCGGUAAUGGCGGAUGACUUGUAGACAUGGGUUUUGCAAAGCAGAAAUUGAAGACAAACCUACGAUUAGCCAUCAAUCGGCUAAAGCUUUUGGAGAAGAAAAAGACUGAGCUUGCACAGAAGGCAAGGCGAGAAAUUGCCGACUACCUUGGAAAUGGCAAGGAUGAGAGGGCGAGAAUAAGGGUGGAGCAUAUCAUACGAGAAGACUACUUGGUGGAGGCUCUAGAGUUGCUGGAGUUGUACUGUGACUUGCUCUUGGCGAGAUUUGGUCUCAUCGAAACAAUGACGUAUUGCGACGAGGGAAUGAUUGAGUCCGUGACAAGCCUUAUCUGGGUUGCGCCACGUCUUCAGACAGAUGUACAAGAAUUUAAAGUUAUUGCAGAGCAGCUUGGUUAUAAGUUUGGCAAGACGUUUGCUCAUGAGGCUGCCACCAAUUCUAAUGAUACCGUCAACCCACGGCUUAUUUUAAAACUCAGUCCCAAACCGCCUCCAAAGAUUUUGGUAGAGAGAUAUCUGAUAGAAAUUGCAAGGAGUCACAAUGUUCAAUUCGAACCUGAUCCACUUGUUAUGCUGGGAGAUGAUAUUCCUGACCCCAGUGACUUCAAGGGCGGAGGUGGUUCUGGUGGUGGCGGAGGGAUUGGAUUUGAAGGAUAUGGAAGUAAUCUAGCAGGCAGUGCCACCAUGAAUAACUUCCCCAGUGUCCCAGGAAUGGCGGGGGGCAACCCUGCUAUGGCGUACCCCCCUCCUCCACAUGCUGGUGGAAGCUUACCCUACCCCCCUGGGGGCCCGCCAUCAGGAGGACCAGGAGAUCAGUACCCUAUGGACAAAAAUACACAACCUGCAUCUAUGCCGCCAGCGUACCCAGGAGACGAUCUCCCAAGAAAAGAACAGCCUGGGCCUCCAACUUCAGGCCAACAGUCCGCCCCGCCGCCAUCAGCUCCGCCGCCCACCUUCCCAGACCUCCCCCCAGUGCCAACUAACAGCCUACCAUCCGGAGGCCUGGGUAACAGCGCGGGCGGAGAGGACGUUGACUUUGACGACCUGACACGUCGGUUUGAAGAGCUUAAAAAGAGAAAAUAAGAGAUUUUGGGUCUUGACGUUUUUGUAUUUGUGAAAUGUGUUUUUACGUAUAAUUACUACAAAUUUACUGUUAGUAAAAAUGUAAUUACUGAACUUCGAUGAAUGGAAGAAAGUUUAAAAGAAAUCAGGCGAAAUCUUUUAGCUCGAAUGGUAUAUACAACGAUUUCAGAUAAAAUACUCAAAGGAAUUAGAAGGAAUAAUUGCCAUUUUUUUCAUAUUUUUUUUGAAGAUUCAUUUAAUCUACGAUUAUUGUAAAAGUAACUCGGAAGCCCUUUAAUUUUUUGGUUUAAUUUGCGUUGUGAAAUGGCCCUAAAAGUACAAUCGAUCCCAUUGAUGUUGUCCAUGAAAAAAAAAGAAACUCACAAACUAAUUAAAUUUUCAAUGACCCUCGCGUGAAACAUUUGUCUUGUUAAGAGAGAAAAGCGUGUAUCAAAAAAGGCGAAAAAAAACCGAAUGUUUUAUUUCUUAUGCAAGCAAGUUUAAUACUUUAAUGUUUUCAAAUGAGACACUAGAUUUUUGAGAACUUUUCAAUGUAUAUUCGCUUCAACCACGCGGCUUUAGAGAACCACUGCUAGUGGAAAUGUUGGCGCCAUGAGGUCGUCCAGGGUAGCAUUUGAACUCCUGUUAUAUACUGUACCAACCUUUUAAUAAAAAAAAAAAUAAAAAAAUCAGCAUGAUAA